CAAAAUGGCGGCCGUAGUGUGCACUGGUCGUAUUUUGGAGGCGAUUGGCGCUGUUUUAUCACAAAAAGACCUGCCUGACGACCUCCGGAAGGAGCUCAGUCGGUACAGGGACUCACAAUCUGGCAAGAAGCCAGGAAAAAUCCCGUUCCAGACGGUCCAAAAGCUACACGAGCGGCUGGAAGAUGGCGAGAAGAAGCAGUACCUCCAUGAGCUGCUAGAGGGCAGUGAUGUCUUCUUCCCACCAGUGGAGAUGCCAGAAAGGGCCCCCACAAAUGUGCCCAUUACUGGACAGAUCCACACUCUGAUACCUUCACUGCAAGAUUAA